AUGAAGAAAUUUCAUUUCGCUUAUUGCCAACGCAAUCGUGGCAAAAUUGGACGUUACUUCGUAUUCAUCGGAUUCGUUCCCAUUCUGUCGCAUGCAACCGUGUACCAGAUUUAUCUGAUUUCUUUCGCUAUAUUUGCCAAGAGUGCCGCCUUUUACGGAGAAAUCCAACAGGAUGUUGAAAGGAAAUUGAAGAUGAAGAAGGAAAACAUUGGCAAAUGGAAGCGCAGUCUGUCGCUAGUCGACGAAUUAGUCGAUCGAAUUAACGAAUGUUUCGGCCUGAUCCUAUUGGUGUCAAUCGCCCACUUUUCCGUCGAGUUUAUUGCACGGUCAUUCUAUCUCGUCAGCAGCAUUUUAAGGAACCAACUAUAUUUGAUUGACAUCAUAUCCAUGUCAUCGAGGAUCUUUCUUCUGUGGUACUUCGUCUGCUGUCCGGCAAAAUUACAUAACGACGCUGUCCAAGUGGCAAUUUCACUUCGUAAAAUCGAUCACGUUGAUAUUAAUCUGAAAAAUCAAAUCUCUUUCUUAACAGCGGACAUAAUUCAGAGCCUGCCCAGAAUUUCCGCCUUGGGAUAUUUCGAAGUCAAUGCUCAGUUAAUACCAAAGUUGAUUGGAACAACUUUAACAUACCUGGUGAUUCUCUGUCAGUUUCAAAGUUCGGAAAAUGGUUAA